GAACACUGUUUUAUGCUACGCGUGUUUUUUGUUUAACUCGGCGAACUUCUGCUGCUGCAAUUUAAUUCACUUAAUUGAAUUAAAAGAAAAUGCAAUUUCAUUUCAAAAUUGCCGAGCCGGAUCCCAAUGCGCCAGCCGUUCAAAAUACCAGCAAUCCCCAUAGUACACUACAGCCGCAACAGCCAGCCGUGCUGACCGAGCCCAAAGAUGCACAACACGAAAUUAAAUUACAAAACAUUGUGGCUACCUUUUCGGUGGACUGUGAACUCGACUUGAAGACCAUCAAUUCACGCACCCGCAACUCGGAAUACACGCCCAAACGCUUUCGCGGCGUCAUCAUGCGCAUGCAUUCCCCUCGCUGCACGGCGCUCAUCUUUCGCACCGGCAAGGUGAUCUGUACGGGCGCACGCAACGAAAUGGAGGCGAACAUUGGCUCCCGCAAGUUUGCCCGCAUCCUGCAGAAAUUGGGCUUUCCAGUCAAAUUUGUCGAUUACAAGCUGCAAAAUAUUGUGGCCACUGUCGAUUUGCGUUUUCCCAUACGCUUGGAGAAUCUGAAUCAGGUGCACGGCCAGUUUAGCUCCUAUGAGCCGGAAAUGUUUCCCGGUCUCAUCUAUCGCAUGGUCAAGCCACGCAUUGUUCUGCUCAUCUUUGUCAAUGGCAAAAUUGUGUUUACCGGCGCAAAAUCACGCAAGGAUAUCAUGGAUUGCCUGGAGGCCAUAUCGCCAAUAUUGCUUAGUUUUCGCAAAACGUAGACUUUAUUGUUGUUUCCUCUAAUUAAGCUACUCUAUGAUAUUGUUAAGUAGGACUAGCAUUUACCGAACAAGUCAACAAAGUAAUUUAUAAAUAUUUAUGCCCACUUUUUGUAAAAAAAAAAAAAAACAAAAGAAAUCCCUUUCAUUUCGUUUGCCAACACACCCCACACCAGUGUGACCACACGUUUUUUUUCGCCAUGUUGAAAUUCAGUGUUCAAAUAUUUCGUUAAUUUCAUUUAUUUGAGUUUUUUCCGUUACAUAGAAAACGUAAAUUACAAUUAUUUCAGUUUUCAGAUUCAUUUCAUUCUCUUACCAUUAAAGGAGGGACGGAAUACUUGAUUUUAAGAUUCGUUAGCUAGUUGGUACAUGGCUAUUCUUUGUAGUUUCUUUUUAAAUAUACAAAACUCAAUAUUUAAACAGUUCUUGUCAAAAAGUACAAAUACGUAUAAAAACCUGCUUAAAUUUGG